UGACCAUCAAAACACAGCGUAAGAACAUGACAGUGUCUAGUGGCUUGUCAGAGGAGAUGAAGCCAGAGAUUGUGUCGUUGCAUCCACUGGACACAGCAGCUGCCCCUAAGCCAGAGCUGCUGUGUAUCUUUGGGACGGGGGACUUGGGGCGCUCUCUGGGCCUGCGUCUGCUGCAGUCCGGCUACAGGGUGGUGUAUGGCAGCCGCAGACCUCACAGCUGCAGCCCCUUGCCUCAGGGAGCUCAGGUGAUGAGCCACGCAAUAGCAGCCCAGUCUGCUAGUCUGAUCUUUAUUUGUGUUCACAGAGAACACUAUGAAUUCCUUGAGACAAUGGCACUGCAUCUAGAAGGAAAGGUGCUGGUGGACCUCAGUAACAACCUGAAGAAAGACAUAUACCCAGAAGCCAAUGCUGCCUAUCUGCAAAGACUGGUCCCUGGAGCUGCUGUGGUGAAAGGCCUUAACACACUGUCUGCCUGGGCCCUUCAGAACGGACUCCUGGCAGGAAAACAGGUGUACCUGUGUGGGAACAGUGCAGAAGCAAAGCAGGCAGUGGCAGAGAUAGCCACCAAGCUGGGUCUCACUGUUCUGGACAGAGGGUCUCUGUCUGCAGCCAGGGAACUGGAAGACUUCCCCUUGCAGCUGUUCCCAGAGUGGAGGCUGCCACUACGAGUGGCCGUCGGCCUCACUGCCUUCUUCUUCUUCUAUCUGCUCAUUAGAGAUGUCAUCUAUGCAUAUGUUGAACAGGGGAAAGACAUCUCCUUCAGAAUCAUGGUGUCCCUGGCAAACAAGGUGUUUCCCAUUGUGUCGCUCAUCAUGUUGUCUCUGUGUUACCUGCCUGGUGUCAUAGCUGCCUUCCUUCAGCUCUACAGAGGAACCAAGUACAGGCGCUUCCCCGAUUGGCUGGACCGCUGGAUGCUGUGCAGGAAGCAGAUGGGUCUGACUGCACUGGGCUUUGCUUUUCUCCAUGCCAUCUACACAUUCAUCAUUCCUAUUCGCUAUGCUGUCAGACACAAACUCAUCUCGCAUGUGGUGGAUGAGAUGAAGAACAAUAAAACCACCCCGUUUUACUUUGAUAAUACAGAGGCGUGGGGCACAGACUCUUUCUAUGUACUGGGAAUCCUGGGUUUCUUUCUUUAUGUCCUGCUAGGACUAACAUCCCUGCCCUCUGUGGGAGGCUCACUCAGCUGGAGAGAGUUCAGCUUCAUUCAGUCUAAGCUGGGCCACUUGACCCUGUUCAUUUGUACGGCGCACGGUUACAUUUAUGGCUGGAACAAAUUUCUUCGUCCCUCUACCUACAAAUGGUACACUCCACCGGGCUACAUGCUGUGUCUGAUUGUGCCGUCUGUGGUCCUGGUGCUCAAACUGCUGCUCCUCCUUCCUUGCGUGGACCGCACCCUUACCCGCAUUCGCCAAGGCUGGGAGAGGACCCAGCCAAUGGGGGAGAUGGGUGAGAGCAAGGCCACCAACCUGUGAACUCUGACCUCUAAAGUCAUUGAUCAGGACUGCUGAUCAUUGAGGGUUUCAUUCUUUCAUUAUAUUGAGGGAAAUAAACUUAAAACUAUAACAUGACAAUAUAUUCCAUGAAUACAAUACAAAAAUAGAAAAUAAUACUUUUUUAAAUUACUAUCAGUUAUGUAAUAUUUAUAUUAGUAAGUUAUAUUAGUAAUUUAAAAUACCAUUAUUAAGUAGACAAAAUUAUUAACAAUAUUUCAUGUUCUGAUUUUGCAGAAAAACAAACAAACCUCUUUAUAUUGACAUUGGUACAUAGAAUAAGUAAUAGUUAAGAAAAAAACAAUCCAAAGAUAAUUUUGUCCAUGCUCAAAUGGUGUGUGAUUGUGUCUUCUGAUCAGUCAGCACUGCCUAUUCUCAAUUGUGCAAUAGCCAAACAAAACAAGGGGGGGUCUGAUAGUUUAUUUCAGCCAAAUGGACACGUCUCUAUGGAUAUGAAUGUUUUUAAUGUCUAUUUCAUUUGAGCUUUGGAAAAAAAAAAACAAAACAGAUUUCAUAUUUGUGCUGUAUCUUUUUCACAGAAUGUGGUGAAAAAUAGAUUGAUAUCCCCUGCUGAAAUCCAUUGUUUUGAUAAACAUAGGCAAUAGUUUCCAUUCUCCUCUCUCCUCUCCCUUCAAGUGUUGCGAUUGUAUCCCUGAGGUUGCUCUCUUUUCAGGAUGUUAUUGAUCUCCCUGUUUUCUAACACAAAUACCUUGUUGCCCAAACCUGCCUCCCUCUCAAGGGCGUGCAAAUGUGCACAUUUACACACACAGUUACAUAUGCACGGAAAAGAGAGUAAGGUUAAGCUAAUUAUACUAUCACAUACAGAGUCAACACACAUGUGCACACACAGAUGCGCACACACAAGUGCCAAAGCCAGAGUGUGUAACAGUAGAUAACACAUUCGGUAGCCAAAAGCAGACUCUGGAGGCAGAGCAUUGUGUGAUAAAAAACAGUCUAAACUAGAUUUAAAACAGGGUUACAGCUGGCAAAGCCUUAAGCACGUAGAUAAUAGUCAUCAGAGCACUUACAAGAAGGGAGACAGAAUAUACUGUAUAACGAAGGCACCACAGACAGUUUGGCAAAGACUGACUAAGAGGUGGCCUCAGCAAACACUGAUAGCAGAUCAGUCGCCGCUGGGUUGGCAGGAGAUUUGAUCAGGUGAUGAGCAGAGGCAGAAAACUCAAUACUGACGGCUGGUGGACAGGUGUGGAACAACUGGAGAGGUUAGUAUGUACAACACUAAUCAAAUGAUCCAGAGGCAGUUGAGGGAGGAGAGUGGGAUGGAGCAGCUGUUGCCAUGACAGAGUCUUGUGCUACAGAAGAAAUAUGCAGCGGCUUCUUUUUUUUUUUAUAGCCCAAAGCAGAAGAUUUUGUCAGAGACAUCCUGUUAUCUAGCAUUUAACAAUAUUAUCUGCACACACAAUCUGCAAUCCCUCACACCCUCUCCCAUUGUAUUAUUCUCCUAUUACCAAAGAGCUGCUGUUGAUUUUAGCCUAUUUCCUGCUGCUGGGGUGUUUUGGUUCUCUCUCUCUCUCUCUCUGUCUCUCUCUCAGUGUGUGUGCACUGAUGUAUAAAUGAGAUAGAGUAUCACAAUAUUGCCCAGUAUUGCCAGAAUUAAGAUGUAGCAACAUACAGAAAAACUGUGAAACAAACUAGCUUACAUUCAUCAUUUCCACUCAUGUUUAAUUUCACACACCUAGACAACCUUGAAACCCAUAAUAAGAUUAUAUGUGUCCAGCCAUGAAGGCUUGACUCAGUAUGAGCAUAAAUAAGCAGCUGAAAUUGUGGGUAAAGACACAGAUAGCAGAAUACAUUUAAUGAAGAGUUAAUCCUUGGUUCAUCUGUGAAAUGUGCAUUUGGAUGCUGAAAGAAUUGUAUAUAAUAACACUGAUAGUUGUGAGAAAAUCUAUUUUUGCUUUAGUGAUGUAAAAACAAAACUCUAAUAAAUAAAUGUGUAAAUUAUGUCCAUCCUUCAAUUGUAUGAAAUUUUUGUAUCCCUUAUGCACAUUGUCAGUAUGCUAGUAUAAUAAGUUACUAUACAACAUUCUUCUGUCAAACACAGCUGAUAACAUAUCUCCAUAGAAACUAGAAUCAACUAGAUUUGAUUUUGUUAUAAUGUUUUGUUUUGUCUUAAUAGUGGUUUCUUUCUAAGAAAUUCAAGGCUGUGCAGGCAGCAUCCACAAAAUAAGUUCCUUGCAAACUAUUUUCAAGGAAGAAUCAGUUUUUACUCCAAAAAAAAUGCUAUUUCCCUAAAUCGAUUUAAUCUAUUGUUAAAUUAAUUUCUAAAUUCAUUUUUAUGGUUUCUGUGAACUCUGACCACUGCAGGUUCAAAGAAAAAUUAGACUUGUUGCCUGAAAUAAAUUAAAGUCUUUCCCCAUAUGGUAAAUCUUGACACACAGUUUUUUCACACAGAUCAGAAAGCACAGCUCUACAGCGCCUCAGGUUUGUAUUUAAGAGUGUGUAACUCAGCACAGCAUGGGGUACAUGCACCAUGGCUUUGGACACCAAAGAGGCAAAUGGCAUCCCAAGCAACAGUGUUCCUCAUUGUUCGGUGGAUUAGACCUUUACAAUAUGCUCAAACUCUCAAUCUCCCAGUCUGUUGAGGUAAAAGUUGCCCUCCAUUACAUCAGGAAGCAGCCAGCGUACCACAAAGGGCUUUUUCUGAGUUCUCACGGAGCACAUAAUGCUUAAUUGAUUCAGCAGGAAUGUCAAAAGAGAGGUAUUUAGGGUGAGCAGAGUUACAGCUUCAGGUGAAGCCUAAUUUAUUUCAGAGGUCCCUGGAGGUUUGCGAGUGGCGUACAGCAUGACUAGUGCCAUAUACUUUUAACAAAUGUUACAAUUCCUUUAGAGAAGAAAACUUCUAAUGAAUCAAACAGUCCACCACACCUAUCAUUGACUGAUAAGGCACCAUUUAUUCUUUACAGACCUGGAGAUUUGGUACAUAACUACUAGCAUGCUGCUGACUGUAAGGGUUUGAUGAUUGUGACCUCUGUGUUUCCCUCAUUCAUUCUAAAGGUAUUAAUGACAAAAAAAAAAGGUUCAGAUUACUAAACAUUUAUGAAGCAUUGACUCAUAAACUUCACAAAAUCAUGAAGACCCCACAUGCAAUCAUAAAGAUCAGUGUAUAAUCCACUAGGUCUUUUGUAUGAGGACAAUUUUAUAUUAUCAUUUUAUAGCAUUUGCAAUAAGUGGGUCUUUUUUUAAAGUGUUAAGAGUUUGCAGUCGCUGCACUUACUUUUUCUGAUUUAUUAUUUACAUUACAUAUCCUAUAUCUUUAUUGCUGAGGCUUGCUAAGAAUUGUAGUUGGUCAUCUGCAGAAGUUAUUAAGGUUUGUGGUCUUGCUUGUUUAAAAUACAAGUACUCCUGAACAUUCAUGAAUGAGACCACUAAGACAUAUUACUAUUUAAAAAAAGGCUUUGGAGAAAGAAUUAUCUGGAAUCAUAAAAGGCAGAAUGAAGAAGCCAUUAAAAGAGGAGAAAUAUACAGUAGUCACAAGCCACUACUCUUAAGAUCCAGGCAUUGAACCUCCCAAGUCACACUGAGGCUGACAUAAACCAUAAAAUUAUGAAGCACCAGUUGGAUUAAUGGUCGUCAUCCAAGUGAAUACUGUCAAAACCUUACACUGUACAUUGAAUGCACAAAUAGUUAUGACGAGAGAGAGAGAGAGAAAUUUUACAUUGAUCUUUUUCCAAUAUCCCUUUCUUUAGGGCAAAGGAUCUUAGAGCUCUAUUGGUUUUCUAUUCUAGUUUACUAGGAAUGUAAGUGGAAAUGAAAUGUGUUUUCGACUCUGACACUGUCUGUCUACCCUACAACAGUUUUUAAAGUAUGAUUACUUCAGAUUUUGUUCUCUGUUGUUCCCAGCAGGAGUUGUGCACUUUUACAGAAAACAAGUAAACAGGACUUCACUUACACUGAAGCAGGAACCCAAGUGGUGCUGGUGCCUUCAUGGACUAAAUUUAAUCACAUACCAGCAGAUGUAAUUCACUAAGUGGAGCUUUUAUAACACCUGUGAACAGGAACGCCAUAAGUGGGCUGAGAGCCGGAUCAGGCAUCAGAAACAUGCCAAAGAUGUUGAGUGUUGUUAAAGUUUAUAUUGUUUGUUUGCCGUAAAUGACAAGACAUUUCCUUCAGGGAAGAAAACAUCAAAAAAAUGAAGAAAGACUGGUUUUUUCACUUUUUCAUUUCUGAGAAGGAAGUAUCCAGUUUAUGUUUACCGACCUGCAGAUGUGGUAUGUAGUGACUAUUUCCUGUAACAUGAUGCAAUGAUGUUUUGAUGAAGGAUAAUGUAAAUUCUGUAUGUUUCCCUUGUAAUCAGGAGGCACUAAAUUUCUAGUGUUUAAAGUCAGAAUAAUGGCCAUAAAAGAUCAGGAACAUGAACAAAGAGCAUGAGACUGAAUUACAGCAGAAAAUUUGUCAUUUUUAACUAUUUGUCAAGAAGAACAUUACAUAAAAAGCAACAAAUGUGGCUAUCCUAUGAUAUCUAUCUAAUAAAACAAAUAAAAUUCUGCAAAAUGUUUUUUUUU